AUGGCUGCAACUGGCGGCUCCAGAAGCGUAUCUCACGUUGCUGCGGCGUCUCUGAAGGCCCUGACAGCAGAGACGGCACCUCGAGCUGCUAUUGGACAUCUGAACAAGGUGACGGCAGCAGCUUUCAGCAACGGCACCAACCAGAGACUGAAGGCGCUCAACCUUCAGCAGAAGGCCGCGCUGUGCUCAUUGGUCGCCCUGGAGAAGCGUAACCGAUCGGCGAAGAUGGCAAACGGCUUGGCAACUCCGACUAAGUCGCAGUCACUCGCCCCCACAGUCAAAAGCUUGUGUGAGACUUACACAAUUCUUUGCACCCGAGACUCUGUCCUUCACCCGCUGUCAAGCUCAGAGUUUCGCGAAGUCAUCGGAAGUUUGGAGACGUUGGGCCUGAUCAACCAGGUUGAUGGAAAGACAGGGGGCCUUGUAGCAAUCCAGACGCCAAGCAAAAGAGGGCGUAAAGCGGCGAUGCCAACCGGCGAAGACAAGCGGGUGGCUAGCUGCGUUGGAGAGAAGGAGAUGGAGAGCAUCGCCGAGGGCGUUGGUGCAGCCAUCUUGACCCGAAUUCUCAGUGGCGAGGCGUUGUAUUAA